AAUCCCAGCAGCGAUUGCGGUGAAAGGGCUCGCGCCUCCGGGAUUUUUAAAAAAAUCUCUAUUAUAAUUAAAUCUUACCCCGUAAGUUAAGCACGCGGGGCUGUGAAGGGGACCUGUCCGGGAGCGGUUUGGAUUUUUAAAUUCGCCGCCCUGUGAUAUAUUUUCGAGUGGAUGGAUGUGUUGGCUGUGCCGCCAAGCAACGGCGCCAUUUUGUUGUGAGGGGUCGCAGCGCGCCGACUGUUGCCGCUAGGCCGCCAUUAUUGUGGGGGGCAGAAGCUGGGACUAGGUCAUGCCCAAGUCGUGUGCUGCCUAUAAUUGUACCAAUAGGUACAGCAGCAAGAACAAGGAGCUCACCUUCCACAGGUUUCCCUUCAGUAAGCCGGACUUACUGACGCAGUGGAUGAACAAUGUCGGAAGAGCAGAGUUCAAGCCUAACCAACAUACUGUUAUUUGCUCUGAGCAUUUCAAACCAGAGUGUUUCAACACUUGGGGCAACCGAAAAAAUCUGAAACAUAAUGCUGUACCCACAGUCUUCAGCUACUCUGAGAUUAUGAAGCAAAGACAUCGAGCAAGGAAGAAGUUGAAAACAGCCACAGAUGUGUCAAAGCCAGAAGUAACAGAAGAGAGGGUUGAGACGGUGCCCAUGGCCACAACAAGCGGAGGGCAGGAGAACCUGCCACAGGCAGUACCAAAUAAAGUUGCUGCCUCUGAGGGGAGUGCUGACCACACCUACGCUGCCACCAACCUGGGCAUGAUGAAGAAGAGGUUGUUUUCUGCCCUGGAGAAAAAUGAGAAGCUAAGGAAACGGCUGAAAGUGAAACAGGAGGAGAUGAGAAGGAUGAUGAAGAAGUGGCAGGCAGUCAAAGACGAACUAGAGGAUCUGAGAGCCAAAAGUCUGUUGACAGCCAGUGGACUGAACCUCGCAGGCAUAGCCCAGCUACAGCGCUGUAUGAAUUAAAUCACUGAUUAUUUGGAGGACAGUGAGGGGACAACUGGCUGACUCUCCAAGUAGUCCACAAGGCAAAACUGAUCGUGUCAACUUAUUGACGGAAACAAAUUGCAGCAAAUUAAGUUUAAAGAGGGAAGUACAUAUAGUCACCAUUGAUCUACAAUUGAUGACAGGGAUGUAAAUCAAACUGGUCACACUACACCUUGUCUCUCCUCUUUAUGGUUGUAACCUGCUGUGCUGUCCUCUUGUUCCCGGGAAGGUUCUCAGCAUCCGAGUUGAAAGAAAUUUAGCCAUUUGAGCCAUUGACUGUCACAGGCCAUGAUGGGUAAGGGAAAGUCCCAUGAUGAUAGACAGCUUGGGAUCACAAGCCCUGACCUUUUUGGACGUCGUUUUAUGUCCGUAAGAAGCCUUGACAUUCAAACUGUGAUGUGCUUGCGUACCUGAAGUCCAGUUUGCUUUCUUACAUGUGAAAUGCUUUGAUACUCAAAGUAUGAAUUCCUUUGCUAAUCUUUUGUAAUCAUCUCCUGGUUUAAGACAUGCUUCAAGCUCCUCUCCUGUUAACGUAUUUCAGCAAAUCACUUGAAUACCAACCUCUAGCAGUGAGGAUAUCUGAACUUUGUACAUCAAUUCAGGCUACAGAUCCCAGGCAGUUUAGUUGGGCCUGUGCUUUUAUACCUGUUACCUACCAUACUGUUGCUAGUUUCAGUCAUAGUGGCUUUUUGACUAAACGGUGUGAAGCAUCACAUCUCUCUACAUCAUCCAUAUAAAUGCUGCUGUGAGUUACGUACUGUUCUUCUGUCUGUGGGACUUUGAUUACAAAUUCGAGCCAGACUAAGAGGAUGAAAGAAUCCUCUGCCUGCAGGUUCUUACGAUUGCUGCAGCCUCCAACCAGCCCACUUCAGAAAGGGGUCUACAGCAUAAAACUACUCGUACUAGAGCCCAAGCUCAUACUGAACUGAUACAUUUAGUUUGAGAGGUCACAAGCAUGGCAAUUGCCUGAAACAUAUCACUCGGGCGCAUCAGGGAUUACUACCAGGAGCUUAAUUCUGUAUUUACUCAGUGCACCAGGAGCUUGACUCUGCAUAUAACCUGCCACGUAUCCAACCUGGCAAGAUUUCAUGCCUACCCUGAUAUGGGGUGCAAAAAAAUGAAAAACUCUUUCAUUUCCUGACACCAAACAUCCCUUACACCAAUUAUAAAGAGAGACACCUAAAAUGGGAAUUAACAAAGAAAACAGUCAAACUGAAGUGAAUAAAUGCAGUAUCUGCCGCAACCCCAUGCUGUGUGAAAACAGGUUGUGGGUUUGAUUCUUAUCUAGACUGAUCUUGGGGUGGCAGUGAGGAGGUGCAACUAUGGACCACUCUCCAGGGACUUCUGCUUAAAAAUGAGUGAUUGUCAGGAUCAGGUUGCUAUUGCCACAUGCUGGUCUUCACUGUUCGAGCAGAGGGAUCACACUCACCUCGAGCUGACACCUUCAGGAAAUGUCGGGGAAAGAAUGGAAAACAAAAUAAAACUGAACAAAUACCAUGAGAACUUUUGAGGCUGUUGUUGUUAAUCGCCUGGCAUAGUCAAAUUACGUCGUCAUUGUUUCAGCCUGAAGUUUGUCUUCCUAGUGCAUACUUUUAAUGACUUAUUCAUGGGAUGUGGGCAUUGUUGGCAGAGCCAGCAUUUAUUCUCCCUGUGACUUAGAGAAAAGAGAUAUGUUUAGGGUCACUAGAAGUUCCACAUUUCUCCCCCCACCUCCCCCAAACUCCUGUCAUUGAUUACUCAACAGGUCGACUGUGAUGCUGCCCCAUAUCCACAGCUCACCAUGUACAAACAUACAAGUUAGAAGCAGGAGUAUUCCACUCGGCCCCUGAAUCUGCUGUGUCAAUCAAUUAGAUCACAGCCUUAUCUGUGACCUCACUCUCUAAUUUCCUACCAACUUUUUGACCCCCUGUUUAGUCAAGAUUAUCUCUGUCUUACAGCUGUCUGGGGAACAGAGUUAAAAUUUACCCCUAUCCACUAGUUCUAGUCUCUCCCUCAAGGGGAAACGCCCUUUCAGACCCACCCUGUCCAGUUGCCUCAGACUUUUCUGUUUCUAUAAAAUCUCUUUUUCUCCUAAACUCCAGUCAAUACAGGUCCACCCUACCCAACCUUUUCUUUAUAAGAAAACUAACUGCCCAAUCCCAGGUAUCAGCUGAGUGAACUUUCUUUGAAUUGUUUCUAAUGCAGUGAAUUCCUUUCUUAAAAAUGAGACCAAAACUGUACAUAAUACAAUGCCUCGUACAACGAUAGCAAUACAACCCAACUUAUAUAUUUCAUUCCCUUCCAAUAAAUGGCAGCGUUUAAUUUGCCUUUGUAUUCGUUUGCCGUACCUGCCAAGUAAUGUUUUGUGAUUCAUGUAUCAGGGCAUGUAGACCCCUCUGUACCUCAGAGUCCUGUGGUCUGUCUCCAUUUAAAUUAUAUGCUCCUUUUCUUGCCGCCAAAGUGGAUGAUAUUCUUGGAUGUAGCACCAAUUAAAUGUGAAAAAAAAUGACGUUAGGCUUGGGGAAUGAUCCCUUUCCAGAAAACUUGUGUGGUUGAUGUUUGCAGAGAGCAGUAUUAAGGUGAGCAAUGUAUUCACUCCAUGGAAAGCGAAGACCAAAAUCAGCAACAACAUCCGAAAUCAAAACCCGCUCCUACUGAUGUCUACUGAAAGCUUUGCAAGGGGGUUAAAUGGAUAACUCAGCUCCUACCGGCAUGUUGGCUGAAUGGUCUGCCCCAUUUGCUUCAAUGAGUUAUUCGCUGACAGACUUGUGAUUAAAUC